CUCUUGAUUACUGAGUUUCGUACUCCAGACCAGCCCAUCCUAGUCCUGGCCCUGAGGGAGAGUCUUAGGAGGCCACUGUGGAUGGGCUUCCCUCUGUCUUUUUGGGGGUGGAGGGAUGAAGAUAUGACUUGGGAAGGCCCAAGCCAUCUGCACACAAGGACACAGUGCAGGGGGCAGCCUUCCUUCUUCAGAUGAACAACUCCUCAUGUGCUAUUAGCAUGUGGGCUACUGUGCCAAGGACCUGCUAGUAGUCUGGCCAGGGCUAGCCAGCUAUUGGUCCAUCCUCUACUGUCUUAGAAUUCCACUUCCUGCUUCUGUCUUGGUCAAGGUUUUCCAUUCAGUCUCCAAUGCAUAUGUGGUCCACUCCUGCCAUGCCUCUUUCAGGCUACAAUCAGUGCCCUGCUUCUCUGCUACACACUGAGGUUGGUGUGCCAGCCUGUCAGACGAGGGCUAAAGCCUUUGGGCCCAGAGGCUCAGUUGCUGCUCCCCCAGCCUUUGCUCUGCUGCCUCUGUCAGCAUAGGGACUGCUGCUGUGUCUUCAGCGAUACUGACCUUGGGUGAGAGGCUGCUGCUGAGGCAGGGGUUGGGGUGAGGGUGGUGCUCUUGUCUCCCUAGGGGCUACUGGAACCCAAGGCUAGGUCUCUCGAGAAGAGUGUCCCCACUGGUAGCACAUCCAAGGCAUAGAACUCAAGUUGGGUGCUGAUUCCCAGCGUGAGAAUCUGCAGGAGCUAGGAAAGGACCGAGAUGGAGGGCCCUCUGUGAUGUGAUGAAGGGUGCAUCUUUGUGGUCCUCACUGUGACUUGUAGCACCUGAGCAUCAGCUGUUCCUAGAGUUCCUUGGAGAAGAGGAUGUUUUGCUAUAAGGUGCUAAGUUUUUGUGGUGGCUUUCCUUAGAAUGCAAGACCACAGAGUGGGGCUCAGCCAAAAAGCACCCCACCUCUGGGCAGAGAAGAAAACUGAGACCUCAAAUUCCAUAGCACUGCUGAUAGAGCCAAGCAUGGGACUGGAUGUAUGUACUCCAAACCAGUCUCCCUGACUUAGUCCCAGACCCCAACUAUGUGCAAGCAUCCACCUAUGUCCAGAGAGCUCACCUGUACUCCCUGCGCUGUGCAGCAGAGGAGAAGUGCCUGGCCAGCACAGCCUAUGCCCCGGAGGCCACCGACUAUGACGUGCGGGUGUUGCUGCGCUUCCCCCAGCGGGUGAAGAACCAAGGCACCGCCGACUUCCUCCCAAACCGUCCUCGGCACACCUGGGAGUGGCACAGCUGCCACCAACAUUAUCACAGCAUGGACGAGUUCAGCCACUACGACCUGUUGGAUGCAGCCACAGGCAUGAAGGUAGCUGAGGGCCACAAGGCCAGCUUCUGCCUGGAGGACAGCACCUGCGACUUCGGCAACCUCAAGCGCUACGCAUGCACCUCACACACACAGGGCCUGAGCCCAGGCUGCUAUGACACUUACAACGCGGACAUCGACUGCCAGUGGAUUGACAUAACUGAUGUGCAGCCCGGGAACUACAUCCUCAAGGUGCACGUGAACCCUAAGUACAUUGUUUUGGAGUCUGACUUCACCAACAACGUGGUGAGAUGCAACAUCCACUAUACAGGUCGCUAUGUUUCUACGACAAACUGCAAAAUUGUCCAAUCCUGAUCUCCAAGAAGGUGGACAGACGGCCAACUGCCCCGCUUCCCAAAGCAGGUCCUGCUUACCAGGCAGUGUCCCACCAGGACAAACCUGGUCCAAGGGGUGCAACCCCUUACCCACAGGCAGGGGCAGCUGAACACAGGGGCAUCCCUCUCUGCCGGCCUCAGGGAGUGAACCUGGACCAAAACCACAGGGAUUCCGGGUGCCAGGCCCAAUUUCAUACUUAAGUUUUCUCUACAACAUUAUUUUGUUGGUUGUUGGUUAUUAUUUUUUAUAUUUUGACUAUACCACAGAGCAAGAUUGCCCAGACCUGAGCUGAAUAAAACAAGGUUUUUCUAC